GCUCAAUGACCACGUUUAUCUCGGGCCGUUCGAUCGGAUCUAAUGCAUCCGAUAGAAACUCCAUCCACUUGAAAAGAGCGAGAUAAACGCUGACGCCUGAUUUUGAAUCGGAUGGAAGUCUUUAAAUCAAUCCUGUUUUUCAAUCGGAUUGGACUUUCUAAUCCGGAUCGAAAUCCUUCCUUUUUACGACAGAAACGCGAUUCAAAUGACACUUGUCAGCUGACCUGAAAAAUGGUAAACACCUCUAACCCUAACCUGACUUUUUGUUAUUUAUUUUCUUGUUAUUGUUAUGAAGUGUAAAAAGUAAAUUUUUGAAAAUAUGAGUUCUCUUCUUCAAAAAACAGUUAAACUGCGAAAAAGAAACAUUUGGACUUCUGAAGAAGUACGUUUUUUCUUGUCCUUGAUAGAAGAAAAACAGGUACUAGGCCUAAUGGAUGGGAAACGCAUUAGAGUUUCCGAUAUUUUUAAAACUCUAAUUGCACCCAUGAAAGAAAGGGGGUUCAUCAGGGAUGUAAACCAAUUGUCCGUUAAAUAUAAAAAUUUAAAAGCUGACUACUACAGAUGUAAACGACACAAUGCUAUUAGCGGUAAUGAUUAUAUUCAGUGUGAUUUUUACGCCGAGUUGGAUAAUCUUCUAGGAAAUCGUCCCUUAUCCCAAGUGGAUGGUGAUCAAUCUAUGGGUUUUCAGAGUAUAACCGAAGUGCCAGUUCACAUUGACCUUAUCUUAACAAAAGAAAGAUGCAUAAUUAUUACUGGCCGCGUGCUCAUAAUGUGUAAAUGUUUAGUUUUAGUUGUUGAUGAAAAUGACCCUGAUAUUAUCAACAGAAUCGAACCAAAUGUGCAUAUUGAAAUGUACGAAGAUGCUCCUGACAUAGAUGGGGCAAUACCUGGUUGCUCUAAGGACCCAGACACUCCAAAAACUACUGUUAAGGAUAACUUACCUACAACCACGCCAAAAAUAUCAAAAAAUGUUAUAAAAAAGAACAGAGAUUCGAAAAAGACUCAACAACAAUUACUAUUAGAAACGCUAGAUAAUAAUAGGAAAGAAGAUGCAGAAAAGGACAGAGAGCUUUUAGAUCGGUUGUCAAACCGAUCUGAACAAAUGAUGCUCAACUGUACAAAAAUGUUCCUAUCUGGAUUAGAAAAAAUAAUGAAAGGCAAAGAAAAGAAAAGAAAAUAUGAAGUUACCAGCAGUGCUGAGGACUCAGAUGAGGAUUAG